GUUUUUUUCCCUUUCAGGAAAAAAAAAUAGUGGAUGUCUUUCUUAAGUUUUCUUUAGUAGUUGCAUAAAACAAUUGUUUUGUAACUGAAAUGCUUCCACGUCACAUGAAACGUUAUUGGCAAGUCAAAUGCUACAAGAAUAAGCUUUUAUUUUUUCAAUAAACCAAGGUCUGUCCUUUGCACUGGCUGUGGGUAUUUUUUUUUCCGGCAAAAUCUCACAGUUCUAGAAAAAAAUGUCUCACUUUGGGCAUUUGAAAAGGUGUCCACCCUGACACACAGCGAAGUUUUUGAUUCACAACAACAACAACAACAAAUUAACAAUAGUAAGCGGUUGACUCUUACUUUGGUUAACAGAUCCAUACGCCCAGCAUUAGGAACUGCUCGUGUAAAAGCCCUUCCAUUGAUUCUUCUGCCAUUCUGUCAUGAUCUGAAAACAAAGUAAAGGUCUGAGGCCUAAAUCCAGUGUUCCUUCAACUCAAGUUAUUGGUCUGUGAAAAUGUUCAAGAUAUGUCACUAUCCAAAAAAGCAAAUACUUUUCCUCGAGUAAAAUAUACAAAGAUAACACAUAUGAAAGUUGAAGAUAACUGAAUUUACAAGUGGUGAGCAUCUUUACAGUGAUGAAACAAUGGCUCUUAACAGUAAUCAGCAGAGAUGCCUAAAUGGGUCAGCCUUCUGAAUGAGACAAAAGAGCCUCUUCACACCAUCUGGUCUUUGCUGGAUGGUUUCUCGAUCUGCCUGCACUCAGCAAGUCCAUUCUUUCCAUGGUGUGAGAGACAGAAACAUAAGUGAAUUCCUGUUGUUUAUGGAGCUACAGCACUACAGAAACGAUGAUAAAGGUAGCAAUUUUUUCACUGGAGUUGGUCAUCACCAAGCACAGACUGUGGGGUCUGCUAAUCUUAGCCCUCAAAUUAUUCACUUGCAUAAUGAUUAUACUGUAUUGUCGUAACAUGAAGAGCAUGACCGAUGUACUGCAUUACAGUUUACCCCAGGAAGUAGAAUGCUCCAUGUUUAUACCAAAUCACAGUCACCACUCUUUGAAUGUCCCACAGCAUCACAUCUUCUUCCUGGAAACAUCAGACAGAUUAAGCCCUAAUUUUCUUUGCAUGUGUUCAGUUGAAUCUGCAGCCAGAGCUCACCCUGAAUUUAAAAUAACUAUCUACAUGAAGGGUCUUGCGCAGAAAAGUGCAAUACUGCCUAAGAAUUUAGGCCUGUCUUUUCUGAGUUGUUUCCAUAAUGUUGAGAUUCAGCCAUUAGAUGUGGAUGAACUUUUCAAAGGCACACCUCUAGCUGAGUGGUACGCGGAGCUUUAUACUAGAUGGGAGCCAUACCGUUUUCCCAUACUUUCUGAUGCCUGUAGAAUAGCUAUGAUGUGGAAGCAUGGGGGUAUCUACUUGGACACAGAUUUCAUUGUCCUCAGAGAUUUAGGAAACUUGACCAAUACAUUGGGCACACAGUCCAAAUAUGUCCUUAAUGGAGCAUACCUUUCUUUUCACCGCAGGCACAAGUUUAUAGAACUCUGUAUGAAGGACUUUGUAGAGAACUACAACCGAUUUAUAUGGGGACACCAAGGCCCUCAGCUAAUGACAAGAAUAUUUAAAAAAUGGUGCAGAAUCAGGAGUCUGCGAGAAACUAACAACUGUAGAGGCGUAAGUGUCUUGCCACAAGAAGCUUUUUAUCCCAUUCGCUGGCAAGAUUGGAAAAAAUACUUUGAAGCCAUUAGCCCAUCAGACUUUACCGAGAUGUUGAAAAACACUUAUGCCGUGCAUAUCUGGAAUAAAAAAAGCCAAGGUACUAAAAUGGAUGUGGCUACCAACUCAUUACUGAACAAGUUGUACUCCAAUUACUGUCCUUCUACAUAUAAAAUAAUGAAGACUUACUUGUGAAUGUGAUGGAAGGGUACUUUUCGAACAAAAUACCUACAAUCAACAAUAGGCAAUGCAUUCCAUGAGAAUAGUUCUGUACCACCGUGCCAUUUCCUACAUCACAAACAAAAGCAUUUCCGUAACUUUACUGCUCUAUUUCAUUAAUUGUAUGCUAGCAGCAUAGCAUAUUUUAUGCAUACAUAUCAAACACAGUUAAAUCCAAGUGAAUGUGUAUUUUAUUGUUUCAUCACUUGAAAAGCAAAGAACUGUAGUAUGUGACCCACCAGUAUAAGCAUCCAUUUUAUUGGCACAACCAUCCUGUAUGCAUAUUUCUUUUGUCACCUGCUGCUGUGUCCAGUAUUUCAUUACAGAUUGCAAAAGUUGAUAAUGUCAUGUUUAUCACAAGUUUGAUGAUGAAACUACAAACAUACUACAGCUACUUUUGAAUCACUCCAUUUGUUCAGCUUUUUUUGCCUAAGUAUUUUAUCUUCCCCAAGUGACUAGCUACAAAAUGAUAUUACACUGUUACUGUUGUGAUCAACGUAAAUGAAAGCAGUAAGCGGCGUAACUUGUCAGUACUAUCACACUUUCCACUUGAAUGGUCAAAGGUCAUCUGGCUUUAAUGAACUCCAAAUGAAGCUACAAUUUUAUACGUGAUAUGGGUUCCAUAUCACAUUCCUGGUUAAACUGUUUGAAAAUGGCCAUUUUCGUGACAAGAGCCAUCUUGCUAAAGAAAUCAAACACCUGUAAAACUAAAUUAAUGACAUUUUGUACUAAAACAGAUACCAGUUUUCAGUUUUCUGGUCAAAUAAUUAAAUGGACUAUUUUUGGAGUUUAUAGAUACUUUCAGUCAAUUAUUUUCAGUGAACUAUAUUUUAUUAGGGGUCUGUAUAAAGGAAUUUGAAAAUUCCAUGACAGAGUUGCCUUAGAUGUUAAAUGACACUGGAUACUUCCGUCUGAGGAAUCACAGUUGUAUCUACUACUGUAUACCAAAAUCAUGCAGGAUCUAUCAACUGGAAAUGAGAUCCACACAGUCUGUCUACAUGCCUUAACAAGUGCGUUUUAUAUCUUUAAUAAAUACUAACUUCUCAGGAUCCAGUUUUGAACUCUUUGCACUGGACCAUGAAAACCUGAACUGCUUAGUACAACUUAUUCUUUUACAUGUAUUGAUGAUGGGAUACAUUGCUGUUUUAACAAACAUCAGUGAACGUUACAGGAAACAAACAUAUUAUAACACAUACUACAUGCUCCCUACUUCUGCCUCUCUGUCAGAAGCAUGCUGCAUUGCUGCUUGCGCAUAUGGUUAUCUUUGAUGAAUGUUUUAAUUCAUUUAACACUGUGAGGUACACUGCCUGCCUAAAUCAGGCACUGAAACUGUUGUAGUUUACACAGAAUUUCAUCAUUGGUUCCAUUAUUUGCUGAUCAUCCAAAUGGCCGCAAGUACAUCAGUGCUCUUUCUUCUACAUCUGCGUAUUUACAGGGUAUUAUCUUCAGUUUUACUAUUAAAGUACAAAUGCAGGCAUGAAUGUACAAUGACAGAUCACUUGGUUUUGUAUGAUUGCAUGCCAUCUAUUUUCAUGUGACUGCGAGCAUGUGCAUAUGUGUACACAUAAACACACAAGUGUGUGUGUGUGUGUGUGUGUGU